AUGUUCUUCCGGGGAGAAUGGAGCUUAACUUACACUUUUGUAAUAAUUUGUUUCCUGACACUAAGACUGUCCACCAGUCAAAACUGCCUCACUGAGAGCCUUGACGAUGUGGUCAUUGACAUCCAGCUGUCUCUUUCCAAGGGAAUCAGAGGCAAUGAGCCCAUACAUACAUUAACUCAACAGGACUGCAUUAAUUCUUGCUGCUUGACAAAAAACAUAUCAGGGGACAAAGCAUGUAACUUGAUGAUCUUCGACACUCAAAAAAAAAUUAAACUGCCCAACUGCUACCUGUUCUUCUGUCCCAGCAAGGAAGCCUGUCCCCUGAAACCAGCAAAAGGACUUAUGAGUUACAGGAUAAUUCGAGAUUUCCCAUCUUUGGCCAGAACUGAUUUGCCAAGCCCAGGGGUAGCCCAGGAAAACCCCCUCUUCCCUGGUGCAUCUUCCCAUGCCAUCACUCCCACUCCCCAGCCUCCAACCCGUGACUCAGAGCCCACGGUCUUAUGGAGAGAUUCACUUUCUCAGACGUCUGGAUCCUCGGAUCACUUGGAGAAACUCCUCAAGUUUGAUCCGGAGAGUCCACCAUCAUCUGAUUAUAAAGAAGAAGGCCACUCUCAGACGUCACAGUCUUCCUCAGGACCAGCAAUAGCUAAUCUAUUGCCUGAGAACGUGACAGCGUUCCCCUCUGCGAUGGCGGUGUCUUCUCUGCACACCAUCCUGGCCACCCCGAAGUCUCUCUCCGCAUCCCUCCCCGCCACCAACACGGCAGUGAUGCCAUCUCUGACCUGGCAGCCUCAGAGAGCCACCUCCGCUCCACCUGCAGCCGUGAUCACUAGCCCGACCACACCUGCGGUUUUGACUGCCAUCUCUAGGGCACCCAUGGACUCGCGAGGCCCACCAGUCACGGUGCCCUUUCGAGACAUCACCAGUCUGACUUGGAGCGCAGAGGAUGCUGGGGCCUCUGUUACAUUUCCUUUGUCAAAUGUGGAGUAUCCCGCUACAAAUAUGACAGCUUCCCAGGAGAAUGAGAAGGCCAGUGCAGAUGAGCCUGCCCUGAGCAAUGCUCCAGGAAGUCAGCAAGGCCUUGCCUUUGAGCAGUGGCUUCUGAUUGGGACUGUGCUCUUCGGGGUCCUCUUUCUUGCCAUAGGCCUGGCCCUCUUGGGCAGAAUGCUCCUAGAAUCCCUCCGCAGAAAACGUUACUCAAGGCUUGAUUAUUUGAUCAAUGGCAUCUACGUGGACAUCUAA